CAGUUCAUUUAUUUGAUGGAAUGGAUUUUUUUAGCUUCUAAUCUCUCUGUGUUUAUACCCCAGGGGAAUCUGGAAUUAAAAGAUUUUGAUAUAAGAAAGGAAACAGGUGGCUCCUCUAAUAGAGCCAUUCAGAAGGAUUUGAAUGCUAAUGUAACGGAAAAUUUCCUCGAAAUUCAUCUUUUCUGGGCUGGAAAGGGCACUUGCUGCAUACCUGAGGAUGGUUAUUAUGGACCAUCAAUCUCAGCUAUUGGUGUUACUUCAGACUUUGCAACAUCUGGUAGUGGCCUUCCACCAGCAACAACUUCAUCUAGAAAGAAAAAGACAAGCUUGAUUGUUGGAGUUGUGGUUUCUGUUGUUAUUGCAAGUUUAGUGUUGGUUUUUGCAAUUUUGUACUUGAGAAUGAAAAGGCUAUACACCGAUGAGGAAGAAGAGUUUCUAGAAAUAGGUCCCAAGACCAACACUUUCACUUAUGCUGAAUUAAGAGCUGCUACAGAAGACUUCAGUUCAAAUAAUAAGCUAGGAGAGGGAGGAUUUGGACCUGUUUAUAAGGGAACGCUUCCUGAUGGGAGGAUCGUGGCUAUAAAGCAACUCUCAUUAGGAUCCAACCAAGGAAAGAGACAGUUUUUAACAGAGAUUGCCACAAUAUCUGCAGUGCAGCAACGCAACCUUGUGAAAUUGAAUGGAUGUUGUGUUGAUGGCAAGAAACGGCUGCUAGUUUAUGAGUACCUUGAAAACAAGAGCCUUGAUCAGGCACUCUUUGGGAAAAGUGGUCUACAUCUUGAUUGGCGGACCCGCUAUAAAAUAUUGCUGGGGACAGCAAGUGGUCUAGCUUACCUUCAUGAGGAGUCAAGGCUUAGGAUUGUGCACAGAGAUGUGAAGUCUAGCAAUAUUCUGCUUGAUGCUAAUUUUGAUCCAAAAAUUUCUGAUUUUGGUUUGGCCAAGUUGUGUGAUGACAAGAAGACCCAUAUCAGCACCCGAGUUGCGGGGACAAUUGGCUAUCUUGCGCCAGAAUAUGCUAUGCGUGGCCAUCUAACAGAAAAGGCUGAUGUGUUCGGAUUUGGAGUUGUUGCUCUAGAGAUCCUGAGUGGGCGACCAAACUCUGACGCAAACUUGGAUUCAGAGAAAAUGUAUCUUCUUCAAUGGGUAUGGAAUUUACGUGACGAUCACCAUGAAUUGGAACUCAUGGAUCCGACACUGAAUGAGUUUGAUGAAGUCGAAGCUCGUCGAGUUAUGGAAGUAGCUCUACUGUGCACUCAGGCUUCACCAGUGCUGCGGCCAUCCAUGUCAAGUGUUGUGGCCAUGCUAGAAGGAGAUAUUGAAGUGAGCACAGUUACUACUAGGCCCGGUUAUUUGGUAUAUUGGCAAUUCAAUGAUACCAUCAGUAAUAUAUCUUCAACAAACUAUAUUGCAUCAACAUCAAAUCCAACCACCAUGCUUGAUGGAAACCUUUCUUGAAGUAUUUUUGCAGUCAGAUGGUGUCUAAACAUGAAAGAUCAUUAGAAGGUGGCACUUGGUUAAAUCACAUUCAUGUGUAAUAGUAGCAAUAAUAUUUGUAAUAAAAUACUAGGAUAGUACAGAUCCAUGUUGUCCUUAACAGUGUAAGGUACCACGAAGAACAUCCAUCAAGCGUUCUUCCCCUUUUUUGUAGUUCAUUGGGGGAGAGCAAACCAUCGCAAGGCAAUUUCAAGAAUGUAUUAUGAUACAUUCUAGAUAUGAAUAGAUAUGGUGAAAAAAAAUUAAGA